CAUCUACAGUAGAAACAACCCAGUCUCAAUGUAAAUAACUGUUGACUCAGGAUUGUAUCAUGAAAUAUUUACAGGGAAGCCCAAAGUAACUGUAAAGCCCCAGAGUUCAGUGUUCACUGGAGACACAGUUACUCUGAUCUGUGUAGUGGGACGGUAAACUGAACGGACAAUUUACUGGUUCAAAAACUUUAAGAGAAUAAAAGCUUGCUCUAAAACAAAAACACUGAGUGAAGUGAGAGUCUCUGAUGGAGGAAGAUAUGCGUGUUCUGUGGAAAGAGAGACCACACAAAGUCAAGGAGUCAUGCUAACAGUAGAAGAGAGACCCAAGCCUGUAGUGCGUGUCCAGCCUGAUGGACGUGUGUUCAGAGGACAGACAGUCACUCUCACAUGUGACAUACAGGACACAGACGUCACCAACUGGAGCUACAGCUGGAAUAAAGAUGAUUCAGAGAUUCAUGUCAGUCAAUCUCAGGAAUACCGAAUCAGUUCUGUUAGUGAAUCUCACACAGGUAAUUACAGCUGUACUGGAAGAGAAACAGGAGGAUCACGAUACUCCCACACCAGUGAUAAAGUUACACUGACCGUAUCAGGAUCUUCAGAAGCUCAUGCUCUGAUAAUUGGAGUGAUUGCAGCACUGAGUGUCACAUUUCUGCUCAUUUUCUUUCUGGCCUUGCUGUGGUGCUGCAAACACAACAAAGACACUAUAUGGAUCUUCCAGCACGGCCUGAAUGUUGGGCAGCACGCCGCCCAGAAGCUUGUUCAGCUCCUCGUCGUUGCGCACCGCCAGCUGCAGGUGACGGGGGAUGAUACGGGUCUUCUUGUUGUCCCGAGCGGCGUUUCCAGCCAACUCCAGGAUCUCAGCGGGCUCUUGGCUGCUUUCUUAGGAGUCGCUGGUUUCUUUGCUUUCUUGGGACUCUUCGUUGCCUUUUUAGCAGCGGGUUUCUUGGCCUUCUUCGGAGAUUUCUUAGCGGCGGGCUUCUUCGCUGCUGUGGUUUUGGGCUUCUUAGCGGCCGCAGGUUUCUUGGCUGCGGGCUUCUUGGCUUUAGGAGCGGCUUUCUUGGCGGAGGCACCUAAAGCUCGUCUGACUGUUCAGACAGAAACAUCACAGAUAUUCAGAGGAGAGACUGUCACUCUCACAUGUGACGUACAGGGGGAAGGUUGGAGAUACACAUGGCAGUGUGGAGAUAAACAGCAAAACUCUGAUGAGGAAGAGUUCAAGAGCACUGUACAGUUCAAACAGUCAUGCAAGUGUAAAGGCUGCAGAGAAUCAUUCUGCUCUGAAUGGAGUGAUGCUGAGACGCUGACUGAUUCGUGGUUGUAUCAUGAAAUAUUUACAGACAAGCCCAGUGUAACUGUAAAGCCCCAGAGUUCAGUGUUCACUGGAGACACAGUUACUCUGAUCUGUGAUGAGGGACGGUCAACUGAAUGGACAAUUUACUGGUUCAAAGACUUUAAGAGAAUAAAAGCUGAUUCUGAAACAAAAACACUGAGAGAAGUGAGAGUCUCUGAUGGAGGAAGAUAUGUGUGUUCUGUGGAAAGAGAGACCACACAAAGUCAAGGAGUCAUGCUAACAGUAGAAGAGAGACCCAAGCCUGUAGUGCGUGUCCAGCCUGAUGGACGUGUGUUCAGAGGACAGACAGUCACUCUCACAUGUGACAUACAGGACACAGAUGUCACCAACUGGAGCUACAGCUGGAAUAAAGAUGAUUCAGAGAUUCAUGUCAGUCAAUCUCAGGAAUACCGAAUCAGUUCUGUUAGUGAAUCUCACACAGGUAAUUACAGCUGUACUGGAAGAGAAACAGGAGGAUCACGAUACUCACACAGCAGUGAUAAAGUUACACUGACCGUAUCAGGUGAGUGUGUUUAUAUCUGUUCACAUCACAUAUAAAUAUCAAAUAAGAAACCUUAACCAACACGUUUAAAUGAGAGAGAGAGAGAGAGAACUUUAAAUGCAACCGAGCAUUGAUCAGAUGAAUUAAU